AUGCAGCCCCCAAGCAAUCUGCCCAAAGGGUUCGAUUCUAUCGAAUCCACCAUCGAAGCCUUCCGCAAUGGCGAGUUCAUUGUGGUGCUCGACUCUCAAGAUCGUGAGAAUGAAGGCGACCUAAUCAUCGCCGCCGAGGAUGUCACCACCGAGAAGAUGGCGUUCAUGGUCCGCUACACCAGUGGCCUCAUCUGUGCGCCCCUCACCUCUCAACUCGCCGCUAGAUUGGCACUACCGCAGAUGGUCGUGGACAAUGAAGAUCCCAAUCGCACCGCGUACACCAUCUCGAUCGACGCGAAUCACGAGAGCGUCAGCACUGGCAUCUCAGCCCAUGACCGUGCUCUGACCUGUCGCACUCUCGCCAGCAAGAAAGCCACCGUCGACAGCUUCCGCCGACCCGGCCACGUCUUCCCGCUCCGCGCCAGGGAUGGAGGGGUGUUGGAGAGAACGGGCCACACCGAAGCAGCGGUGGAAUUCUGUCGCCUGGCGGGCAAGGCCCAGGUUGGCGUCAUCUGCGAGAUGGUCGACGAUGGCGCGCCGGUCCCGGGACAGACUGCUAUGCGCGAACCCGGCAUGAUGAGACGCGAUGCAUGUCUGGAGUUUGGCCGGAAGUGGGGACUGAAGGUUUGUACCAUUGAAGACCUCGUCGACUAUGUGCAGAAGGAGAAGAUGGUGCAGAAUGGCAGUGGGCAUGUGACGAACGGGGUGAACGGGUACCACUGA